AUGACGAUCACCCUAAAGACCUCCGACGGCGAAAUCUUCGAGAUGGAGGAGGCUGCGGCGAUGCAGGCGGGCACGAUCGAGCUCCUGAUCGAGGACGACUGCGCCGGUGACGUCAUCCCAUCCACAACGUCACCGCCGCCCCCCUCUCCAGGGUUCUCGAGUACUCCAAGAGUUUCACAACAGCACGCCGCCGCCGACGACAACGACGAUCUGAAGUCCUGGGUCGCCGGCUUCCUCAAGGUCGAUCUAGACGCCCUGAUCGAUCUGCUCAUGUUUAGUAUCGUAUCUCUUCUCUAG